GCACUGACAGCAUGCAUGCUGUCAGAUUUCACGACGGCGACACGUGCUUGCGUUUAUUUGUUUUGAUACGUUAGUGCGUCGUGUUCAGGAGUUCGAUUUGCGGGAAAUUUUGCAGAUUUUCACAAGGAAAAUGGGUGGAAAUUCGAGAAAAUUUAAGAAAGCGGAAAAGAGUAAAAUCAAACUGAAAAGUUCGCUCAAAGGGGCAAAACUUCCGAAGGGUACCAAUGUGACGAAAACCAAUUUCAAAGUGCGCAAAAUCGUCAUACCGGAUCAGAUCAAGCAACGGAAUCUUACGGAUGCGAAUGUCCUCUCCAGUCGGAGUCUGACCGUUAAGGACUGCCUUGCAAAAUUGAAGCACACCAAUCCGACGGCCAAAUGUGAAGGCCUCCGAGGUCUGCGAGAAAUCCUCGCUAAACUGCCCACCGAGGUGACGGACAAUCACUUGAGUACGGCCAUCAAAUCGAUCGCCAGUAUUUCCAUCGACAUCGAACGAGAUGUUCGGCGAGAUUGCUACAAAACCCUGGGGCUGCUGUUCGCCGCCGCCGGCCAGGAGAACGUGCUUCCCUUCUUCGAUGUUCUGCUGUCGUUCCUCCGGUGUGCGAUGACCCACAUCCAGCCGAGAAUUCAGGAGGACUCGUUGCUCCUGUUGGACACCUUUCUGCAGCAUUUGCCACAGUUGGUGCUGCUGAACAGGGACAAGAUUUUCCCGCAGUUCCUGGAUAUGAUCUCCAAGCUGCGAAGCGAAUCCAAACCGGAGCGGACGCUGACGUUGAGCUUGAACAAACAGUCAACCAACACCAAGUGGAGAACGCGGGUACUGAUGCGAUUGAUCGGUAUGCUGAGGAUCUUGAUCGAUAGUAAGCGGGGCGACGGAAAGGUGGGGCCGGCGAAGGAUGAACCCAUGGAUACCACCGGGGAUGAGAGUAAUCCCUUCACCGCCAAAUCGACGCACAUCCCGGCCACGUCUUUACCGCUCAAUAACGUCUUCGAUUACCGCGCUCCGUUGCACUUUCCGCUGGUCCGCCACCGCCUGUACCAACCCUGCCCGCUUACAUGCCUCUUCCGGAAGUCCAUCGGCGAGGGCAACCUCUCGCUAUCGGAUCAGAUCGACGAAGGUCGCAAGCUGAAAACCUACGUCCAGAUGCUGAUGCCACUGCUGUUCGAGUCCUGGCUGGAGGUUCGUCCUACUUCCGGAGGCGGCGAAACGGCCGAACACGUGCUCUCGCAUGAGGCGGCCACCACUUUAGGGCUCCUGUUGGAGAUUGCCAUCCAGCUGUGGGAGCUGGUCGUAAUAUACGGCCGCGAGACGAACAACGCUGAUAUGACCCGCUGGUUCAGGGAACAAUAUGCGGAGGAUUUCUGCAAUCACAUCUUGAAAGGGUUCCCGUUCUAUCAGAGCCCUGGAGCAGGAGCCGGGAAGGGUCGAAGCACGACGGAUGAGAACAAAGAGCGGAACGUGGACGAGAAGUGCUACUCGCAGAACUUCAACAUUUGCUACUUUUACUGCUGCUUGAAUGAGAACUUCCGCUCGGAUCGGAGCAAGAACUACGACAAGGUGGUCAAUUAUGUGGAGCGCUGUGUGAACAACUGGAAGUUCCGUUCGCCGGAGGUGAGCUCCUUGUUGCUGAAGGUUCUGCGGUACAUGCUGUUGGAGACGGAUUGCGUCUCGAUCAAUAAGAACACCCGAGGACUGCUCAAGACUCUGCUGGAAGUCUACAUUCAGGCGAAGUUGCCUCAGGACACGCGCAAUCGGAUUCUGAUCUUGUUCUGCGAUAUUAUCGUUUUGAACGAUCGCCUCUGGAGAGAGUACGGCCAAGAAAUCUUCACGCUCUGGUUGAGAAUGCUGCCAAAUUUGCUCAAGAAAACCGUCAUCGACUUCAACGUCCUGAAGGCAUUGCUCUGUUUGGCCAAACAGAAGAACACCAUCUUCCUGCACAGCUUGGAGGAGAACGUGGAGGACAUCGUGGCCAACGUUGGCAAGCUUAAGGUGGUGAACGAACAGUUCAAGAAUGAAGGACUUGUGCUGUUGAUCAAUUUGCUAUUCUGGAUUAGCAAACGGGAGGCGUUGGAGAAGCUGCUGCAAUCUGACCUGGUCAAGGCGAUGAAGAUCGAUGACGACAUGAAAGCUUACUUCAGAAGUACGCUCAGGACGCGAUUAGUUAGUUUGUAAAUCUUUGUUUUUAUAAAUAUACUUACCUCCAACUACUUAA